GCAACAUUGCUAUCGUUUACUGUUUAAAAAAGAAGAAUUUAAAAAACCAACCCUCUCAUAUUUACUCAAUUACAUUAGUUUGUCUAAGAUACUGAAAGAUGAUUUAUUAACACUCAUUUCAGUUCUUUUGCAGAAUUAAAACCCAGCUACUUCUUUAAUGUGGUGUGGAGGUCACGUGUUUCCGGUCUAGCGUGGAGCGCCACAGCUCCGGCUGUCUGCUGCAAGACUGCCUUGUCCUGACCAGAGCCGUCUAAUAAUGUAUAUUGCUAUUGAAUGAAGUGAACUUAAUGCUAUAUUGUAAAUUGAUACGUUUAUUGACUACUAAUGACCUAAAUUCGCAGUUCUGUCGCUCUGAGUAAUGGAUUCGAAUUGCGCGCCAAGAACUUCCGGGAACUAUCUGGUCUGGAUGUUGGACUUCCGUUGUCGCGACUCUCGGGACGGACGACCAAGACGGCUCUGGUCCUGACCGGUCCUAACGACUACACGAAGGUGAUCGCUCUUGACGGGAAGAUGUCUCGCAAAUCAACAGCCGCUACUUCUUCACUCACCGCCGUCCAUUCAGAUUCACACAAGCAGAGCAUCCUGAGCAAAUUCGACAAGCUCAGGAAAAGGGACCUGCUGUGCGAUGUCACGUUAGUUGCGGAGGACGUGCCCUUCAGGGCGCACAAAGCCCUGCUGGCAGCAAGCAGCGACUACUUCUCCCUCAUGUUCACAUCGGGAGAUCAAACUGGCAAGUCUACCUUUAAACUGGACGGCGUGGGCGCGGAGAUGUUUUCCGCCUUGCUCGAGUUCAUCUACAGUGCACGCGUGUCCCUGGAGGAGAGCGCCGCUGAGCAGCUCCUGGCCACAGCGCGUCUCAUGCAUGUCAACGACCUCGUCAAAGUGCUCACCGUAGAAGUCUCAUGCGCUGCAGCCGGAGUUAGAGGUGACGAGGCAAAGGCAGACGAAGCCGAGGUGCCCGAUCUGUCGAAACGCAAAAGAGGGCGGCCAAGGAAAAAUGUGACCGAGCCUGUAGUGGCCGAGGCGAAGGGGAAAAGUGCACCAUGUGAUGGCCCAGAGGAGGAGGAGGACCAGGCCGGAGAUUAUAACCCAGGAGGGCCCCAGAGCCGACAGAGUAACCGCAAAAUCAGGCCUCCGGUAAAAUACAAGAGUUACAAAGUGGACAAGGACACAGCGGUGAGCCAAGAGCCCGGGAAGAGGGGGAGGAAAAGGAAAUAUCCAAACACAGAGGCUCGGUGUGAGGACUGCGGCAAAGUGUUUAAAAAUCACCUCUUUUUAAAGAACCAUCACAGGACUCACACAGGAGAGAAGCCUUUCCGGUGCCAGGUCUGUGGGAAGAGUUUCACCCAGAAGCACACGCUGCUGGUUCACCAGCGCAUUCACACGGGAGAGAAACUGUUUGUGUGUAGCGUCUGCUCCAAAACUCUCUGCACCAAACACUCCCUGCAGGAGCACAUGAACCUCCACAAGGAAGAGAAGUCCUUCAACUGUGAUCAAUGUGGAAAGACUUUCACUCAGAAGAAGCAGCUUAGAAGUCAUUACAGAGUUCACACAGGGAAAUCGUUGCCAGAAUGUGCUCAGUGUCACCACAAGUUUCUGGACACAGCUCAGCUGAAAAAACACUUGAGAACUCAUACAGGGGAGAAGCCUUUCACCUGUGAGAUUUGUGGGAAGUGUUUUACAGUCAAGAGCACGCUACAGACCCACAUCCGAAUUCACAGAGGUGAGAAGCCGUACGGCUGCGACAUCUGCAACAAGUCGUUCUCAGACCCCAGCGCGCGAAGACGCCACGUCGCCUCUCACUCGGGAAAGAAAUCCUUCACUUGCUCCUUAUGCAACCUUUCGUUCACUCGCCUGGACAAUCUGAAGACUCACACCAAGUCCCACAGCAAGGAGAGAGCAGCGUCUCCGUCGGUCGCGGCGGCGGCGGAACCGUCGUCGGCGCCGCAGGAGGAGGUGCGCAGCAUCCUGCAGCUCCAACAGUACCAGCUGCCGUCCAGCUCUGAGCAGGAGAUCCAGCUGGUGGUGACGGGCGAAGUGAACAACAUCAAUUUUGUGCCGAGUCAGGACCAGGAGAUUAGCAUCAUCACCACAGAGGGCGAGACGGCGGAGACGGCCCACUCGAGACUCACCCUGCUCACCCAGCCGUCGGGACACGUGCAGAACGUGGCUCUGGUGGCUCAGGGCACCUUGGUGGACCACGGCCCUCAGAUUCAAACCGUCAGCAUGCUGGACGGACCGAUGACCAUCACUCUGAGUAAAGAGGCGAUGGAGCAGCUGCAGUCGCACCACUGUCCCCCACAGCCCCUUCAGAUCGCACCGCGGCCCGUCCAGCAGCUGCAGGUGCUGCACCAGCCGAUCCAGCCGCUGGCCGUCGCCCAGGUGGGCAGGGAGCAGCACAGUCAGGCCAUCCACAUCAGCAGCCAGAGCAGCCAGCCCAUCUCCAUCAGCCAGACGAGCGAGCAGAUCUCCAGCCACCACAUCCAGGGACAAACGUUUCAGAUCCAGGCAGGAACCGUCUCCUACCUGUACACCACGGGCCUGCCGCAGGAGGGCUGAGGCCUGACGAAUCCGGACACGAUAAUGGAUCAAAGGGGCAGGAGGCGAUUUUGGAGAAAGAUGAGUUGUUGUUGAUUAUUUUGACCGCACUGAACCCACAGCCUCGGUUAUGGCACGUCUCUUAAAGUGUCUGGGAGUGAUGUUUACAAACUGCUAGGGCUGCAACUAAAGAUUAUUUUCCUAAUCGAUUAAUCUGUCGAUUACUUUCUCGAUUAAUCGAUGAGUUGUUAGGUCCA